GGAGGCAGAGCGGCUCCGCGAGCUCCUCUCCACUUUCCCAUAGAGAACCCCUGACUGGCCGCGGAGGGCGAGCCACACACACGCCCUCGCGGCCGGCGAGCCCGCGAGGUCACUAUCAUAUGACAAAGGCUUUGCCGCAGUUCGUCUUCUUCCAGUGUACUUUCCAUUUGCCUUCCUGGAAUCCUGCUGCAUCAAGGAAGCUGGGAGUUCCGAUGUUCCAUUGAAAUCACAAUGGAAAGUCUUGACCUGACCGGCACCCCCAGGAAGACCCCAAGCCUCUAGCGGUACCUGGUAUCAUCUCCAGCAUGUUUAUAGAUGUGGAGGAUUCACUGGGAUAUUGACAAAUACCAGAGGCGAACUGUACCACUGUAGUCACAGUAAUGAAAGGCAGUAAUAGAAAUAAAGAUCAUUCAGCAGAAGGAGAAGGGGCUGGAAAACGACCAAAGCGGAAGUGUCUUCAGUGGCAUCCGCUGCUGGCCAAGAAACUUCUUGACUUUUCAGAAGAGGAGGAAGAGGAAGACGAAGAGGAGGAUAUUGAUAAGGUUCAACUUCUUAGGGCUGAUGGCCUAGAGCAAGAUGUUGCUGAGACUGAAGAUGAUGAAUCACCAGAGCAGCGAGCCCGGAGACCAAUGAAUGCAUUUCUCUUAUUUUGCAAACGCCAUCGCUCCCUUGUACGUCAGAAACACCCCAGGCUUGAUAACCGAGGUGCUACCAAGAUACUGGCUGAUUGGUGGGCUGUUCUUGAUCCGAAGGAAAAGCAAAAAUACACAGACAUGGCCAAGGAGUAUAAAGAUGCAUUCAUGAAAGCAAAUCCUGGCUACAAAUGGUGUCCUACCACAAACAAGCCUGUGAAGUCCCCAACACCCACUGUCAAUCCACGAAAGAAGCUGUGGGCCUUCCCAUCUGACUCUUCAAGAGACCUGCCAAGCCCCAAGAAAGCUAAGACUGAAGAAAUGCCUCAACUUAACUUUGGAAUGGCCGAUCCUACUCAAAUGGGAGGACUGAGUAUGCUGCUUUUAGCUGGAGAACAUGCGCUUGGCACAUCAGAGAUGUCCUCCGGCACCUGCAGGCCUGAUGUUUCAGAAUCCCCUGAAUUGCGUCAGAAGUCACCAUUAUUUCAGUUUGCUGAGAUAUCUUCAAGUACAUCCCACCCCGAUGCUCCUUCAAAACAGUGUCAAGCAUCAGCCUUGUUUCAGUUUGCAGAGAUUUCUUCAAACACUUCGCAGUUGGGUGGUGCCGAACCUGUGAGACGCUGUGGAAAGUCUGCACUCUUUCAACUAGCAGAGAUGUGUCUGGCAUCAGAGGGGGUGAAAAUAGAAGAAUCCAAGCUAAUAAAAACAAAAGAAUCUGAUGGUGGAAGAAUGAAAGAAUUGGAGAAAGGGAAGGAAGAAAGAGAGAUAAAAAUGGAGAAAACAGACGAAGCCAGGUUACAGAGGGACACAGAAUUUGAAAAAUCUUUUAAGGAAAAUGUAAAAGAUUCUAAGGAAUUAAGAAAUUUUGAGGAGCUGCAAAUGAAUGAUAUAAUGGCUAUAAAAAUGGAAGAUCCCAAAGAAAUUAAAAAGGAAGAAUUAGACAAAGAUCAAAAGUAUAGUCACUUCUCUGAUUUUUCUUACUCUGCCAGUAGCAAGAUAAUAAUAAGUGAUGUUCCCAGUAGAAAGGAUCAUAUGUGCCAUCCUCAUGGGAUUAUGAUCAUUGAGGAUCCCACAGCAUUAAACAAGCCAGAGAAGCUAAAAAAGAAAAAGAAGAAAAGCAAAAUGGAUCGACAUGGGAAUGAUAAAUCCACACCCAAGAAGACUUGCAAAAAGAGGCAGUCCUCAGAGUCUGACAUCGAGAGUGUCAUAUACACCAUUGAAGCUGUCGCAAAGGGAGACUGGGGCAUUGAGAAACUUGGAGAGACCCCUCGCAAGAAGGCACGUGCAUCCUCAAGUGGCAAGGGAAACAUUUUGGAUGCCAAGCCACCAAAGAAAAAAGUGAAAUCAAGAGAGAAGAAAAUGUCAAAGGAGAAAUCCUCAGACACCACCAAAGAGUCAAGACCUCCAGAUUUCAUAAGUAUUUCUGCCAGCAAGAACAUUUCUGGUGAGGUGCCAGAGGGUAUAAAAGCAGAACCAUUGACCCCCACGGAGGACACAUUACCACCCAGCUUAUCAGGACAGGCCAAGCCUGAGGACAGUGAGUGUCACAGAAAAAUAGAGACUUGUGGUUCCCGGAAAUCCGAGAGGUCUUGCAAAGGUGCUCUUUAUAAAACCCUGGUGUCUGAGGGCAUGCUCACCUCUCUGAGAGCUAAUGUUGACAGAGGGAAACGAAGCUCAGGAAAAGGAAACUCCUCCGAUCAUGAAGGGUGUUGGAAUGAAGAAAGCUGGACCUUUAGCCCAAGUGGGACCAGUGGGAGCAAGAAGUUCAAGAAGACAAAGCCAAAGGAAGACUCUCUCCUUGGCUCAGCAAAGCUGGAUGAAGAAUUUGAAAAAAAAUUCAACAGCCUCCCUCAAUAUAGUCCUGUUACGUUUGACCGGAAAUGUGUACCUGUUCCAAGAAAAAAGAAGAAGACUGGAAGCAUGUCCUCAGAACCGACUAAAACCAGCAAAGGUUCUUUCCAGUCUCAGAAAAAGAACUUAUUCCACAAAAUUGUCAGCAAAUAUAAGCACAAAAAGGAGAAGCCUAAUGUUCCAGAAAAAGGAAGUGGGGAUAAAUGGUCAAACAAGCAAUUCUUCUUGGAUGCCAUUCACCCUACAGAAGCCAUAUUUACAGAAGACAAAAACACCACAGAGCCUGCUCAUAAGGUUAAAAAUGCCCCAUCCAUUCCCAACACUCCAGAGCCAACAGCAACGCAAGAACCCCUGGUGGGCAGCCAAAAGAGAAAAGCAAGGAAAACCAAGAUCACACACCUGGUCAGGACAGCAGAUGGCCGGGUGUCACCAGCAGGAGGUACUUUGGAUGACAAACCAAAGGAACUGCAGAGGCGUCUCCCUAAAGUCACUGAGACAGGCUGCCAUGACGCGUGCGCACACAGCAGCGAGGCCAUGGAGACACGGAGCAGCACUCCUGAGAUGCCCGCCGUGUCUGCGUUCUUCAGUCUGGCUGCGCUGGCUGAAGUGGCCGCCAUGGAAAACGUGCACAGAGGUCAGAGGUCAACUCCGCUCACCCACGAUGGACAGCCAAAAGAAAUGCCACAGGCUCCUGUACUUAUUUCCUGCGCUGACCAGUGAAGCGCCCUUUAAUUGUAAAACAUUGUGCUUUACCUACUACCCUAGCCUUGUCUUUACCGAGGGAUGCCAGUGAGUUCACGU